AUGGGGUCAUGGGGCCACUUGAGCCCGACCCUGCUCCUUCACAUGAAGUUGCAUUACUCGGAGAAUUCUCGCACCCAGCCCAGAUCGUGCAUUAUGCAUUGCCAAUUCCGCACGAACGAGCAGGCCGUUGGACCUACGUUCGGGUGGAGUAUCUACCAUCUUCUCGACAUCGACGACCCUCUGCAGCUCUUUCCUAUUUCUUACUCAAAGGUUGGAAGGCGCUCCAUUUCCAACCUCGUUUCACAGAUCAAGAAGACCAGCACAUUGCCUCGCUGGAAGCCCUCUACUGCUAUCAAUCCGAAACCACAACCACUCACUGUCAAAAAUGGUCUCCGUUCCGAAGAGGCCGUACUUCUUCGAGACAUUGCCCAAGUCAUCCGGAGCAAAGACUCGGGCCCCUUUGAGCUCACCUUCGACGUCCUGUUUGACUCCAAGGAGGCCUAUGACCGUGUCCGCGCGGCAAAUUUGCUGACAGCAGACACGGUCAAGACUCUGUUCCACAUUGGUGACAAGGAGAUAUUAGCCUUGCAAUUCUUCGAGCCAGCUCUCGGCUGGAAAUGUACCAUCGCGAGACCUUGGGCACAGGGUUCUCUGGAGAGAGAGACGUGCUGGGUACACAGCAGCAUGUGCCGUUGGUCGAUCUCAUGA